CCCUCUCUCUGGAGUGAGGCGAGAGCCCCGCACAGAGCGAGGGAGACAGCGAGCUGAGCUCCGGGCGCUGCCGCUGCUGCUGCCGCUGAGAGUAAGAGCGAAGGCGCAUCCGAAAGACCCAGCCCCCCUGCACUGGCCGCCGAGACCUUCGCUCUCACCUGGGCCAGCGGGAGCCGCGGCCGUACUCCUCUCCCCCCCUCACCUUCCCGGCCGGCAGCGGCGGCUGCUGCACACGCCGGAGCCGGAGCCGGAGCCGGAGCCCGAGCCCGAGCCUGAGCCGGAGCCGGCGGCUUGGGGGGCAGGGAGGCGGCUACCACCGACCGGGACUGGGUAGCUGCUCCGCGGUGAGAGAACGCUGAGGAGGCGCCGGAGCUUCUGCCUCGUCCCGGGGGGCCUGGGGCGAGAGACCCCCAAGGUGUAGGGAGGGGGGUCCCAGCCGCAGCGACACAUGCGGGAGCCGGGAGCGGGGGCGGCGCCGAGCGGAGCCGGCCGGGUCCCUCGCCUCGCCGCCGCCUCGGCCACCCGCCCGGGGCCGUAGCAUCUUGCCCCGGAGUGUAUGAACCGGGGCCCCAACCAAGUUCGGCAACCACCCCCCGGUCGGGGGGGCGGGGACCCAGAUGUGAAGCUGCGGCUGGGGCGGCGGAGAGAGCAGGACCGACGCCGCCGUCCUUUCCUCACCUUUCCCCUCCCCUCAGCCCCCUCCGGGGGUCUUCUCCCUUGGCCAGUCGCCGGCCCCCCGGCUCCUUGGCUGGACUCCGGGAGGAGUUCUUAGAGCCCCCCUCCCCCGCCCCAGUCCCGAGGGCGGCGGGGCCGGGGGGGACCCGGGGGGCCGGCUGCAGCCUCCACCCAGAGGAAACUUUACAAAAACAAAAUUCGGAGUCUCCCAAACCUGACUGUCCCGGGAGAAGUGGCCCUGGACGGGCAGAAGCCGCAGGCUGAAAAGACCCAGGAAGAGGAAAAGAGGAGGUAAGCGGGGCCGCCGCCUCCUCUCCCCUGGCAGCGCGGAAGAGACCCGGGUGGCCGCCUGGUUUAGCGACACGAGCACCGCUUCAACCUCAGUACCGCACCGGAGCCUUCCGCAGCUGCCGCCUCAGUCCGAAGGAGGAAGGGAACCAACCCACUUUCUCGGCGCCGCGGCUCUUAAAGUGAUUACUUCCUUAGGAUAGAUUGCCAGAAGUGGAGUUACUGGGUCAGAGGAAUGUGAAAACCUUUGCAUCUUCUGAUAGUCUAGCCAAGGUCCAAGAAGUAGCAAGCUGGCUUUUGGAAAUGAAUCAGGAACUGCUCUCUGUGGGCAGCAAAAGACGACGAACUGGAGGCUCUCUGAGAGGUAACCCUUCCUCAAGCCAGGUAGAUGAAGAACAGAUGAAUCGUGUGGUAGAGGAGGAACAGCAACAACAACUCAGACAACAAGAGGAGGAGCACACUGCAAGGAAUGGUGAAGUUGUUGGAGUAGAACCUAGACCUGGAGGCCAAAAUGAUUCCCAGCAAGGACAAUUGGAAGAAAACAAUAAUAGAUUUAUUUCGGUAGAUGAGGACUCCUCAGGAAACCAAGAAGAACAAGAGGAAGAUGAAGAACAUGCUGGUGAACAGGAUGAGGAGGAUGAGGAGGAGGAGGAGAUGGACCAGGAGAGUGAUGAUUUUGAUCAGUCUGAUGAUAGUAGCAGAGAAGAUGAACAUACACAUAGUAACAGUGUCACAAACUCCAGUAGUGUUGUGGACCUGCCCGUUCACCAGCUCUCCUCCCCAUUCUAUACAAAAACAACAAAAAGAGUAUUCGUCAACCAAGAGGAGUUUUAAAAUGUCAAAACCGGGAAAAGCUACUCUAAACCAUGGCUUGGUUCCUGUUGAUCUUAAAAGUGCAAAAGAGCCUCUACCACAUCAAACUGUGAUGAAGAUAUUUAGCAUUAGCAUCAUUGCCCAAGGCCUCCCUUUUUGUCGAAGACGGAUGAAAAGAAAGUUGGACCAUGGUUCUGAGGUCCGCUCUUUUUCUUUGGGAAAGAAACCAUGCAAAGUCUCAGAAUAUACAAGUACCACUGGGCUUGUACCAUGUUCAGCAACACCAACAACUUUUGGGGACCUCAGAGCAGCCAAUGGCCAAGGGCAACAACGACGCCGAAUUACAUCUGUCCAGCCACCUACAGGCCUCCAGGAAUGGCUGAAAAUGUUUCAGAGCUGGAGCGGACCAGAGAAAUUGCUUGCUUUAGAUGAACUCAUUGAUAGUUGUGAACCAACACAAGUAAAACAUAUGAUGCAAGUGAUAGAACCCCAGUUUCAACGAGACUUCAUUUCAUUGCUCCCUAAAGAGUUGGCACUCUAUGUGCUUUCAUUCCUGGAACCCAAAGACCUGCUACAAGCGGCUCAGACAUGUCGCUAUUGGAGAAUUUUGGCUGAAGACAACCUUCUCUGGAGAGAGAAAUGCAAAGAAGAGGGGAUUGAUGAACCAUUGCACAUCAAGAGAAGAAAAGUAAUAAAACCAGGUUUCAUACACAGUCCAUGGAAAAGUGCAUACAUCAGACAGCACAGAAUUGAUACUAACUGGAGGCGAGGAGAACUCAAAUCUCCUAAGGUGCUGAAAGGACAUGAUGAUCAUGUGAUUACAUGCUUACAGUUUUGUGGUAACCGAAUAGUUAGUGGUUCUGAUGACAACACUCUAAAAGUUUGGUCAGCAGUCACGGGCAAAUGUCUGAGAACAUUAGUGGGACAUACAGGUGGAGUAUGGUCAUCACAAAUGAGAGACAACAUCAUCAUUAGUGGAUCUACUGAUCGGACUCUCAAAGUGUGGAAUGCAGAGACUGGAGAAUGUAUACACACCUUAUAUGGGCAUACUUCCACAGUGCGUUGUAUGCAUCUUCAUGAAAAAAGAGUUGUUAGCGGUUCCCGAGAUGCCACUCUUAGGGUUUGGGAUAUUGAGACAGGCCAGUGUUUACAUGUUUUGAUGGGUCAUGUUGCAGCAGUCCGCUGUGUUCAAUAUGAUGGCAGGAGGGUUGUUAGUGGAGCAUAUGAUUUUAUGGUAAAGGUGUGGGAUCCAGAGACUGAAACCUGUCUACACACGUUGCAGGGGCAUACUAAUAGAGUCUAUUCAUUACAGUUUGAUGGUAUCCAUGUGGUGAGUGGAUCUCUUGAUACAUCAAUCCGUGUUUGGGAUGUGGAGACAGGGAAUUGCAUUCACACGUUAACAGGGCACCAGUCGUUAACAAGUGGAAUGGAACUCAAAGACAAUAUUCUUGUCUCUGGGAAUGCAGAUUCUACAGUUAAAAUCUGGGAUAUCAAAACAGGACAGUGUUUACAAACAUUGCAAGGUCCCAACAAGCAUCAGAGUGCUGUGACCUGUUUACAGUUCAACAAGAACUUUGUAAUUACCAGCUCAGAUGAUGGAACUGUAAAACUAUGGGACUUGAAAACGGGUGAAUUUAUUCGAAACCUAGUCACAUUGGAGAGUGGGGGGAGUGGGGGAGUCGUGUGGCGGAUCAGAGCCUCAAACACAAAGCUGGUGUGUGCAGUUGGGAGUCGGAAUGGGACUGAAGAAACCAAGCUGCUGGUGCUGGACUUUGAUGUGGACAUGAAGUGAAGAGCAGAAAAGAUGAAUUUGUCCAAUUGUGUAGACGAUAUACUCCCUGCCCUUCCCCCUGCAAAAAGAAAAAAAGAAAAGAAAAAGAAAAAAAUCCCUUGUUCUCAGUGGUGCAGGAUGUUGGCUUGGGGCAACAGAUUGAAAAGACCUACAGACUAAGAAGGAAAAGAAGAAGAGAUGACAAACCAUAACUGACAAGAGAGGCGUCUGCUGUCUCAUCACAUAAAAGGCUUCACUUUUGACUGAGGGCAGCUUUGCAAAAUGAGACUUUCUAAAUCAAACCAGGUGCAAUUAUUUCUUUAUUUUCUUCUCCAGUGCUCAUUGGGCAGUGUUAAUGCUGAAACAUCAUUACAGAUUCUGCUAGCCUGUUCUUUUACCACUGACAGCUAGACACCUAGAAAGGAACUGCAAUAACAUCAAAACAAGUACUGGUUGACUUUCUAAUUAGAGAGCAUCUGCAACAAAAAGUCAUUUUUCUGGAGUGAAAAAGCUUAAAAAAAUUACUGUGAAUUGUUUUUGUACAGUUAUCAUGAAAACCUUUUUUUUUUUUUUUUUUUUGCCAACCAUUGCCAAUGUCAAUCAAUCACAGUAUUAGCCUCUGUUUAUCUAUUUACUGUUGCUUCCAUAUACAUUCUUCAAUGCAUAUGUUGCUCAAAGGUGGCAAGUUGUCCUGGGUUCUGUGAGUCCUGAGAUGGAUUUAAUUCUUGAUGCUGGUGCUAGAAGUAGGUCUUCAAAUAUGGGAUUGUUGUCCCACCCCUGUACUGUACUCCCAGUGGCCAAACUUAUUUAUGCUGCUAAAUGAAAGAAAGAAAAAAGCAAAUUAUUUUUUUUUAUUUUUUUUCUGCUGUGACGUUUUAGUCCCAGACUGAAUUCCAAAUUUGCUCUAGUUUGGUUACGGAAAAAAGACUUUUUGCCACUGAAACUUGAGCCAUCUGUGCCUCUAAGAGGCUGAGAAUGGAAGAGUUUCAGAUAAUAAAGAGUGAAGUUUGCCUGCAAGUAAAUAAUUGAGAGUGUGUGCAAAGCUUAUUUUCUUUUAUCUGGGCAAAAUUUAAAACACAUUCCUUGGAACAGAGCUAUUACUUGCCUGUUCUGUGGAGAAACUUUUCUUUUUGAGGGCUGUGGUGAAUGGAUGAACGUACAUCGUAAAACUGACAAAAUAUUUUAAAAAUAUAUAAAACACAAAAUUAAAGUUGCUGGUCAGUCUUAGUGUUUUACAGUAUUUGGGAAAACAACUGUUACAGUUUUAUUGCUCUGAGUAACUGACAAAGCAGAAACUAUUCAGUUUUUGUAGUAAAGGCGUCACAUGCAAACAAACAAAAUGAAUGAAAAAGUCAAAUGGUUUGCCUCAUUCUCCAAGAGCCACAACUCAAGCUGAACUGUGAAAGUGGUUUAACACUGUAUCCUAGGCGAUCUUUUUUCCUCCUUCUGUUUAUUUUUUUGUUUGUUUUAUUUAUAGUCUGAUUUAAAGCAAUCAGAUUCAAGUUGGUUAAUUUUAGUUAUGUAACAACCUGACAUGAUGGAGGAAAACAACCUUUAAAGGGAUUGUGUCUAUGGUUUGAUUCACUUAGAAAUUUUAUUUUCUUAUAACUUAAGUGCAAUAAAAUGUGUUUUUUCAUGUUA